AUGGAGCCUCUGCAACAGGAAAUGACACCCCAGUCUCCUCUGGAGCCCGAAGGCUGUGUGGAGGUGGCUGAGCUGCGGUCAGAGGUCCAGUUCCUCCUCUCGGGCCGCGGGAGCCCCAAGAUGGACUGCAUCGUUUGCUACUGCUCCUACGACCUGUCGGGCCGCCUUCCCCGGCGCCUCUACUGCGGCCACACCUUUUGCCAGGCCUGCAUUCGGCGACUCCACGUCGUGGCCAACGAACAGCGCUGGAUCCCUUGUCCGCAGUGUCGCCAGAGCACGCCGGCUCCCCGCGGAGGGGUCACCAUGCUGGACCUGGAUCUUGCGGCCUUCCUGGCGGUCAAGUCGGAGAAGGACCACCCUCGGGCCGUGGCCAGGACGGAGGCGGAGACGGCCUCCAAGUCGCCCGCCAAGGACCAGCCCAUCACCCAACAACCCGCAGGCCUGUGCCACGAGGCAGUGACGCGGCCGUACUUGCCGCAAAACAACUGCUGCGCCGGCUGCCUCUGCUGCGGGACCACGGCAGAUUUCCAAAGCUGACCGGGCGUCGACUGGGCC